AUGUAUGCAAAUGAACCCGUUGACGACACAUGGUGCUGUGGAACAGAAGCUCACCCCACCUCUCUCCACCCCACACCACCUCUCUUCACCCCACACCACCUCACUUCACCACACCCCACCUCACCUCUCUUCACCCCACCUCUCUUCACCCCACACCACCUCUCCUCUCUUCACCCCACACCGCCUCACCUCUCUUCACUCCACUCCACACCACCUCACCUCUCUUCACUCCACACCACCCCACCUCUCUUCACCCCACCUCUCUUCACCCCACACCACCUGACCCCCCUUCAUCCCACACCACCUCACCUCUCUUCACCCCACCUAGCUUCGCCCCACACCACCCCAUACCACCUCUCUUCCCCCCACACCACCUCACCUCUCUUCACCCCACCUCACCCCACCUAUCUUCACCCCACACCACCCCACCUCUCUUCACCCCACCUCUCUUCACACCACACCACCUCUCCUCUCUUCACCCCACACCGCCUCACCUCUCUUCACCCCACACCAGCCCACCUCUCUUCACCCCACACCUCUCUUCACCCCACACCACCUCUUCACCUCACUUCUCUUCACCCCACACCACCCCACCUCGCUUCACCCCACACCACCUCAGCUCUCUUCACCCCACCUCUCUUUACACCACACCACCCCACACCACCUCUCUUCACCCCACACCACCUCACCUCUCUUCACCCCACACCACCUCUUCACCUCACUUCUCUUCACCCCACACCACCCCACCUCGCUUCACCCCACACCACCUCAGCUCUCUUCACCCCACCUCUCUUUACCCCACACCACCCCACACCACCUCACCUCUCUUCACCCCACACCACCUCACCUCUCUUCACCCCACAUCACCCCACCCCAUAG